AUGGUCCUGUUGAAAGGGUUCGCACUCUCCGCCGUGGUGGCAGUUGCAGCGGCAAAAUCUGCCGUCAUCGACCUUCGAUCCUCCAAUUUCGACGACGUUGUCCUGAAAUCUGGCAAGGCCACAUUUGUUGAGUUCUAUGCUCCCUGGUGCGGUCACUGCAAGAACCUUGCUCCCAUCUGGGAGGACCUCGGCGUUGCCUAUGAACAUGCCAAGAACAAGGUGCAAAUCGCCAAGGUGAACGGGGACGAAGAUCGCGCCCUCAGCAAGCGAUUCGGCAUCCAGGGCUUUCCAACUCUCAAGUUCUUUGACGGCAAGUCGGACACACCGCUGGAUUACGAGGAGGCUCGGGACCUCCAGAGUCUAUCGAAUUUUAUUCGCAAGCAGGUCGGCAUCGAGGGCAAGAAGAAGGUCGAAGUUCCGAGCAACGUUGUCAUGCUCAACGAACGGUCGUUUCCCAAGGCUAUCGGUGGCGACCAGAACAUCUUGGUGGCGUUCACGGCCCCGUGGUGCGGACACUGCAAAACCCUGGCUCCUAUCUGGGAGGACAUUGCGAAUUCUUUUGCCUCCGAAGACAAUGUCAUGGUCGCCAAGGUUGACGCCGACGCGGCCGACGGCAAGCUCGUUGGGAAGGAGUACGGCAUCACCGGGUACCCCACUCUCAAGUACUUUCGCGCCGGUAGCAAGAAGGCAGAACCAUACGAGGGUGGUCGUACAGAGGCGGACUUUGUCGAAUUCAUGAACGGAAUUGCCGGUACUCAGCGUAUGCCCGGCGGCGAACUCAACAGCCAGGCUGGAACUGUUGCCUCUCUGGACACUCUCGUGAGCAAGAUGCUCGGCGACGGGAAGAUGACAGACAUUACGGCCGAGCUCGAGAAGGAAUCGGAGAAGCUCACGAAGGCGGCGCAGAAGAAGUACGCCGAGUACUACGUCCGGGUGGUGAAUAAGCUCAGCAAGAGUGAGGCCUUUGCCGAGAAGGAACUGACUCGAUUGACGGGCAUUCUUUCCAAAGGUGGGAUUGCGCCGCUCAAGCGGGAUGAGAUUCAGCGAAAGUUGAACGUGCUGCGCAAGUUCACCGAGGGUGUUGGCGACAAGGUCACCGAGAGUGUUGGCGAGAAGGUCACCGAGAGUGUUGGCGACCAGGCCACCAAGGAGGAAGCGAAGGAUGAGCUGUAA